GCGCUGCUCGGCUCGGCUCGGCUCGGCUCGGCUCGGCUCGGCUCGGCUCGGCUCGGCUCGGCUCGGCCAGGCUCGGCUCCCCCUGCGCGGGCCCCGGAGUUACAUUGUUGGAGUUUGCCACAACUCCGCGGCCUCGGCUGCGCGGGGCCGCCGCUGCGGGGCCGCUGCGGGGCUGCAGCUUCCCCGCUGCCGCUGCCUCCUCCUCCUCCUCCUCCUCCCUUCCUCCCUCCUCCUCCUCCUCCCCGUGGGUGUUUUUUUUUUCUCUCCCCUCCUCCCCUCUCUCCCCCCGCGCUGAUUUCCCUCCCCUCCGCCCGCCCUGCCUGUGUGUUUUCGCCGCCGCGCUCGCCGAGCCCCUUGGCAUGAGUUAAGCACCAGCCAUGGACACCAAACACUUCCUGCCGCUGGAUUUCUCCAACCAGGUGAAUUCCACGUCCCUGAACUCCCCCACGAGCCGGGGGCCCAUGGCCACGCCGUCCUUACACCCGUCCAUCGGGCCGGGCAUCGGCUCCUCGCUGGGCUCGCCGGGCCAGCUGCACUCGCCCAUCAGCACCCUGAGCUCGCCCAUCAACGGCAUGGGCCCCCCCUUCUCCGUCAUCAGCUCCCCCAUGGGGCCACACUCGAUGUCUGUCCCCUCCACGCCCAGCCUGGGAUUCGGCACCAGCAGCCCACAGCUCAACUCGCCCAUGAACUCCGUCACCAGCACAGAAGACAUCAAGCCACCCCUGGGGCUCAAUGGAGUCCUCAAAGUGCCAGCACACCCCUCAGGAACGAUGGCCUCCUUCACCAAGCACAUAUGUGCCAUCUGCGGGGACAGAUCUUCGGGUAAACAUUACGGGGUUUACAGCUGUGAGGGCUGCAAAGGCUUCUUCAAGCGCACGGUGCGGAAGGACCUGACCUACACGUGCCGCGACAACAAGGACUGCCUGAUCGACAAGCGCCAGCGCAACCGCUGCCAGUACUGCCGCUACCAGAAGUGUCUGGCCAUGGGCAUGAAGAGAGAAGCCGUGCAGGAGGAGCGGCAGCGGGGCAAGGACCGCAACGAGAACGAGGUGGAGUCCACGAGCAGCGCCAACGAGGACAUGCCCGUGGAGAAGAUCCUGGAGGCUGAGCUGGCUGUGGAGCCAAAGACAGAGACCUACAUCGAGGCAAACAUGGGCCUGACCCCCAGCUCGCCCAACGACCCGGUGACAAACAUCUGCCAGGCAGCAGACAAGCAGCUCUUCACCCUGGUGGAGUGGGCCAAGAGGAUCCCCCACUUCUCCGAGCUGCCCCUGGAUGACCAGGUCAUCUUGCUCAGAGCAGGGUGGAACGAGCUGCUGAUUGCCUCCUUCUCUCACCGCUCCAUCGCCGUGAAGGACGGGAUCCUGCUGGCCACGGGGCUGCACGUGCACAGGAACAGCGCCCACAGCGCCGGCGUCGGGGCCAUCUUCGACAGAGUACUGACAGAACUGGUGUCCAAAAUGAGGGACAUGCUGAUGGACAAGACAGAGCUGGGCUGCCUGCGAGCCAUCGUCCUCUUCAACCCUGACUCCAAGGGGCUGUCGAACCCGGCGGAGGUGGAGGCGCUGCGGGAGAAGGUGUACGCGUCACUAGAGGCUUACUGCAAACACAAAUACCCCGACCAGCCCGGCAGGUUUGCCAAGCUCCUGCUCCGCCUCCCAGCGCUGCGAUCCAUCGGCCUGAAAUGCCUGGAGCACCUCUUCUUCUUCAAGCUAAUAGGGGACACGCCCAUCGACACCUUCCUGAUGGAAAUGCUGGAAGCGCCGCACCAAAUGACUUAGAGAACUCUGCUGGGUCAGUCCCUCGCCCGGCCGGGCUCCCUGGGGGCCCUUCCUCUGCUUUCCUCGGCCCCAGCCCGUCCCUCCCUGCUGCCCCCAGGGCCACAGGCACCGUCUGCUCCGGGGCACCCCCGGCCUCCUCCUCCUCCUCCCUGUCCGUUCGCUGUCACUGCUGCGUCUCCAGACCUGCUCGCUGGUUCCCUGUGCUACUUGUAGAGAGGAGUGGGAGCGGAGAGAGCUUUGCCAACCAACCCCUGCCCCCUCCCCAGCCGUGCCAUGAGGUUUGGGAUGAGCCAUCGUGGGGCUGGUGUCACUGGUGUCACCCCCAGCCCUCCCCUGGGGACAAGGACGGUGCCAGCCCUCGGGGGCAGUGGGGUUUGGAUGAGCCCCUCGAGGGGAGUGGUUGGACUCUGCCAGAUUUGCAGCUGGGCUAUUUUCAGAGGAUGGAGUUUUUUGGAAAAAAAAAAAAAAAAAAGAGAAGAAGAAGACAAAAAAAAAAAAAAAAAAAAAAAGAAAAAAUUUCUAUUUUUGGUUUCUAACUAUUCUUAGUAGUCUCGGUAGUUACUUUGCGGAGGGAGAGGCCGUGCCCCCUGAAUGAGUCACCCCUGGCUGCACAGAGCCUUCUCCUGCCACUUCAGAGCAUUUGGGAUUGAGCUGAAUCCCCCCCCAAAACACGAGGCUGUGGCACAGGAGAUGCCCUUUGGCCACCCUGGAGGGCACCCGGGCAUCGCUGCCCACCCCAAAGGUGUGGACGUGAGCCAGCUGCAGUGCUUGCUUUAAGGCUGCCACUGACUCCCCAUGGCCCUUCCCCAGCUCCUGGGGGCUUGCUGGGACCCCUGCCCUGAGCACAGCAUCCCAGUACAUCCCAGUGCUGUCCCAGUUCAUCCCAGUGCUGUCCCAGUACAUCCCAGUGCUGCCCCAGCAUCCCACCGUGACCCCGCUCUGGGGUUUUGGGGUUUCGGCUCACCCACGAGGCUGCUCCUGUUCUUUCAGCCCUGCCAAACACUGCAAGGCAACAAUUAGUGGGAGGGCUUGGCCAGGCUGGUUAAUUGCAGCUGUUAAUUAGUGGUGAAGCAAGAACAGGGCUCCCCCUCCCCUGGAUCUGCCCCGUGGGGGUGGGAGGGCCUGGCUGGGUGGGGGAUGUGGCAGCAGCAUCAUCCCUGUCCUCUCCGGGAUUCUGAGAGCACCAAAAGCACCUUGGCUUUUGCACAACCCUUUCCUUGAGUCUUGGUGACAGGAUUUUGGGGGUUAGGGACAGGAAUGUGCCCCAUGCCCCAUGGGAUGGGAUUCCCCCAGGAGUGUGUGGCCAGUGAGGGAAGCAUCCCCCUUCUCCUCCCUCCUCAUCUCCUGAGCCCCACCAAAAACAUGAGAAAAAACAAAGCAGAGGGAAUGAUGAGGGAUGUUGGGAAGGGUUUUCCCCCCUUGGCAGGAUGGACACACUGUACCUUUGGCCAAGGGCUUCCCCAGCACUUCCAUGUGCUCUGUGCUUUAAAAAGCAAAGGAUGGGGUCCCAAAAAUCCUCUUCUUGCUCCCCAUGGUUUGCAGCUGGUUGAAAACUCCUGUGUUCCUGGAGGGGGAUGGAGCAGCACCCAGCACCUCACUCCCACCUCUGUUUUGGAGGGGACACCGUUGCCAUCUGCCUGUUGCCAUCCCAGCUGGCAGCUGGAGUGCCCAGCUCCAUCCCCUGCAGCUCCAAAAUAAGAAAAAAACCACUGAGGAUUUAGGAUUUCAGGUGGCAGCUCCCCCUGGGGCUGGCCCGAAGUGGCGAAUCGGCAGAGGCAGGCAGAGCCUUGGCUCUGUUUCCCCAGCAGCCUGCAAGCCACUGAAAAUAUUAUUAAACAGCUUCACCCUGCAAGAAUUUGCCAAGAAAACGAGGCAGGAGAAAUGAAAUCUGGCGAGGGUGCCAGGAAACACGAGCAGGCUGUUCCCUGCCAGCGCCAGGCUGGCGCAGCCCCAGGGGGGUGCAGGGAGGUGGAGGAGCCCCCAGCCCCGAGCCCACCCAGCCCCUGGGCAGCCCCCAGGCCCCAGCAGAAAGGAGCCUGGGACUUGCUGGGCACAAAGGAAAAGAUUUGGGGAGGUUGGUGGAUGUUGCACUAGGAUAAACCUGCUGGUCUCUGGUGGGUUGAGCCACUUUUUUCCUGGGGGGUCACUGGGGAGGGGCUGUUGGGUGCUGUGGAGGCACAGUGGGAGCUGCCAUCCCAUCCCAUCCCAUCCCAUCCCAUCCCAUCCCAUCCCAUCCCAUCCCAUCCCAUCCCAUCCCAUCCCAUCCCAGUCUCAUCUCAUUUCAUCUCAUCCCAUCCUGUCCCAUCUUGUUUCAUCCCAUCCCUUUCCAUUCUGUCACGUUCCAUCAUCUUCCAUCCCCUUUUUUCCCAUCUGUCCCCAUCUCAUCCCAUCCCACCCUGUCCCAUUUCAUUCCAUCCAAUCUCAUGUCAUCCAGUCUUCAUGCAAUCCCAUCCCAUCCCAUCCCAUCCCAUCCCAUCCCAUCCCAUCCCAUC